AUGAUGAUGGUGAUGUGGCAGUUGGUGAUCGCGGCAGUGUAUAGUGGUGAACCCGCGCAGUUCGAGAGCCUGCGCCUACUCAACGUGUUGUUGGUGGAUGAAGACGACAAUGUACCACACUUCCUUCAGAAGCACUACCAGUUCGCGGUCAAGGAGAACUUGCCAAGUGGCAUCAUCGUCGGUAAGAUGCCUCUGACUCUUGAUCUUAGCUUGGAAUCGCAGCUUUAG